AGAUAAGAAAAAAAAAGUUGUAUUAUCACUCAAAUUAUUCCUUAAAAGUUAGUCAAAAAUGGGGGACCAAGUGAAGUUACUUGGCACAUGGGCUAGUCCAUUUAGUCAUAGAAUAGAACUUGCCCUUAAGCUCAAAGGGAUACAGUAUGAAUUCAUAGAAGAAGAUCUCUCCAACAAGAGUUCUUUGCUUCUGAAUUCAAAUCCAGUUUAUCAAAAAAUUCCUGUGCUCAUUCACAAUGGAAAAUCAAUUGCAGAAUCGCUUGUCAUUCUCGAAUACAUCGAAGAAACUUGGCAAAAUAAUCCGUUCCUCCCAAAAGAUCACUUUGAUCGCGCUACAGCUCGUUUUUGGGCUAAAUUCGUAGAAACGAUCCUGCAAACUACACGAAACUAUAGAACUGCAAAGGAGGAGGAAAGAGAGCAAAUUUAUAAAGAACUUGGUGAGCAACUUAAGACUCUUGAGAAUGAAUUGAAUGGAAAAGAAUUUUUCGGAGGCGAGAGCAUUGGAUUUUUAGAUAUCGUAAUAUUUUACAUAGUCUAUUGGUUCCAAAUUCGACAAGAAGUUUUGCAGAUCGAGAUUAUUACCAAAGAAAAACUCCCAAUUUUGUGCAAUUACAUGGAAAAGCUUUACGAAAUUGAUGUGGUGAAACAAUGUUUACCUCCGAAAGAGAAGCAUUUAGCUUAUGUUAGAGCUCUUUUUGCCAAACAUUUUCCAAAAUAAAAGCUACUUCAAGUCUAUUGUAUUAUGUGAUUCUAUCUUCAUUUGAUCUUAUUUUAUGAAUAAAAUUGUUCUGUUUCUUGUUGAA